AGAAGAAGAGAGCAGAUGCUGGAGGGGAGGGGGCGGCCCGACUCAGGACAGCUGCUUCUCAUUCUGCUCCCAAUCCUUUUCUUUUCUCUCACUCCGCCUCAGAUGUUGCUCCUCUGCAGAGUCUGCCUCUUCACCAUCAGAUUUAAGAUGAAAAAUAUUUCUGCACUGCUGCUUCUUUGGCUCCUCCUUUCUCCUUCAUCUCCAUCUCCUAUUGCUAAGGAUCCGUCUGCAUGUGCUCAGACUUUCUGUGGAGCAGGCAGGGAGUGUGUUUCCACCGACAGAGGACUACCAGAGUGUCGCUGCUUACAGCGCUGUGAGGAAUCAGAGCACUGGGUGUGUGGCAGCAAUGGCAGGUCAUACAGGAACCACUGUGAGCUGCACAGAGACGCAUGCAUCACCCAGACCAAAUUACACGUGGCCCACAGAGGACAGUGUGUUUGGAAGCAGACAGAUGUCAGCCCCGUCGUGUGUUUCCUGUCUGAACGUGAUCGGCUGAGGGAGCAGGCGAUCCACUGGAUUUACUCAGAGGUGGAGCGAGAUCGUCUGGCCACAAACGCAUCCUCCUCCCCCAGAGAUGUCCUACAAAUGUACUUUCAGAGCUAUGAUGACGGAGAUUCCCUGCUGGAUUCCAAAGAGUUCCUGCGCUUCCUGAGUCAUAAUGAGAGCGCUCUGAAACUCAUUUACUCCAAUAGUCAGGAGACUAACCACCUACUGAGGUCUCUUUGUGUCGAUGCUUUAAUCGAGCUGUCAGAUGAAAACCUAGACUGGAAACUCAGUCUAUCUGAGUUCUUCAACUGUCUGACCCCCACCUACCAACCAACGCAAAGAAAGUGUGCUUUGGAGGAUGAGGUCUUUGAGGAUGGAGCUGAGACUCGGAGGGAAUGCAACAAGUGUGUGUGUGCCUGUGGAAACUGGGUGUGCACUGCCCUGACCUGCGAUGGGGGGCGUCUGGAACAGAAGCAUGAUGAUGAAGGAGAAGAAGAAGCGAUGACGGAGGACGAGUGGACGAGGACAGUGGGUGAACUCAACGCUUUGCAGGAGAUCUCCAUCACUGGCAGCUGAGGAAGCGUCACAGAAACCAGUGAAGCUGUUAAGCGCUGACCUUUUCCCAAACUGGACUUGUUUGGACUCAGAUGGGAUGGAUCUGGUUUGGGAAGGACUUCUUCACCAGACGUUCACAUUUCUACCAUAGGAUUUAGGAUUUCAUAUUUCUAAGAGUGCAGCUUUUGCCUUUUUGUUUAUUAUUAAACUCCUUUACAGUGACUAUCCUGAUAUGUGAUUUUAGCAAUGCCAGUUGGAUAAUAUUGAUCAAGUUUCAGAAGGAGGUUUGGGUGAGAACUCAGAAUAAUUUGAGGGGUAAAUAUCUGCAUAUUCUUGGUUUUUGGUUACUUCUGAAAGUUUCUCCAUGAACCAACUCUGGUUAGGAUUAGGAUUUGUUGAACUUCUGCUGACUCUGUCCCACAUUU